AUGGCAGCCCAGAAUGGAAACACUAGUUUUGCAACCAACUUCAGUAUACCCCAAGACCAUGCCACCUCCCUCCCCUUCAACUUCAGUUAUGGUGAUUAUGACCUCCCUCUAGAUGAGGAUGAGGAUAUGACCAAGACUCACACCUUCUUUGCAGCCAAGAUCAUUAUCGGGGUGGCACUUGUGGGCAUCAUGCUGAUUUGUGGCAUUGGCAACUUUGUCUUUAUCACUGCCCUUGCCCGCUAUAAGAAGCUGCGCAACCUCACCAACCUGCUCAUUGCUAACCUGGCCAUCUCCGACUUCCUGGUGGCCAUUGUCUGCUGCCCCUUCGAGAUGGACUACUAUGUGGUGCGCCAGCUCUCCUGGGAGCACGGCCAUGUGCUCUGUGCCUCUGUCAACUACCUGCGUACCGUCUCACUCUACGUCUCCACCAAUGCCCUGCUGGCCAUCGCUAUCGACAGAUAUCUCGCUAUCGUUCACCCCUUGAAACCACGGAUGAAUUAUCAAACAGCCUCCUUCCUGAUCGCUUUGGUCUGGAUGGUAUCCAUUCUCAUCGCCAUCCCAUCAGCCUACUUCACAACAGAAACCGUCCUCUUUAUUGUCAAACGCCAGGAAAAGAUCUUCUGCGGCCAGAUCUGGCCAGUGGACCAGCAGCUCUACUAUAAAUCCUACUUCCUCUUCAUCUUUGGCAUCGAGUUCCUGGGCCCGGUGGUCACCAUGACCCUGUGCUACGCCAGGAUCUCCCGGGAGCUCUGGUUCAAGGCGGUCCCUGGUUUCCAGACGGAACAGAUCCGGAAGCGGCUGCGCUGCCGCCGGAAGACGGUGCUGGUGCUCAUGUGCAUCCUCACGGCCUACGUGCUGUGCUGGGCGCCUUUCUACGGCUUCACCAUCGUGCGCGACUUCUUCCCCACCGUAUUCGUGAAGGAGAAGCACUACCUCACAGCCUUUUACGUCGUCGAGUGCAUCGCCAUGAGCAACAGCAUGAUCAACACCGUUUGCUUCGUGACCGUCAAGAACAACACCAUGAAGUACUUCAAGAGGAUGCUGCAGCUCCACUGGCGGCCCUCCCACGGCGGGAGCAAGUCCAGCGCUGACCAUGACCUCAAAACCAGCGGCCUGCUGGCCACGGAAGAGGUGGAUUGUAUCAGGCUGAAGUGACCCACUGGUGUUUCAUAAUUGAAAACCCAAAAGCCAGUACUUGGAGCACAAUUCACCAAUAACCAAGUUCACGGGCUGCUUGGGGAAAGGGCAACUGUGUUAACACCUCACUGCUUUCAAGGAGCUGGAGUCAUAAAAUG